AUGAAAAUUUUGGGCCAUGGCCCAUGGUCCAAUUGCUUCGAUCACUGGCCACUGGGAAAUAUUUUAGGGUUUAUCGCCAUGCCGGGGCGGAGGAGAGCGCUUGUGCUGCGCAAGACGUCGGCAGCUGUAAGCGCGCUUGUGAAUGGCGAUUUCGAUCACUGCGCUUGUGCUGGCGUCGAUCUUUCUGCGGGAAUUCUCUUCGUCGAUGACUCGGAGGGGGAUUUUGUUCUUGGAGUGGCAUCGUCGGUGCUGCGGGAGCUCUCGAUCAGCUCCGGAUCCUGGGUCUUGGUGAGGAAUGCCGAGAGGAAUGUGAGCAGGGCUGCCAAAGUAUUGGUUCUAGAUCCUCCUCUCUCCAAUCCUGUAAGCUCAGAGCCUUCGUCUCCUCCCUCGCCAGCGCCCCGAAAUUUCUUCCCAUCGUGUAGAGUUUCUCCUCCCUCGCCGUGUGUUUUCGAUUCUCUCGUCGGUUACGUCUCGCCAUUGCUGGCUUUCAAUCUUGGAAUCCAUCUAGCCUGGCUGGAAACGAUCGUUACAGCUGGAAACUCUGAGAGUUCUCCCUACGCUUUUGAUAAGACCGCCUCCGUGCUCUUGCGUGUCGAAGCUCUGGACGACACACAGAUCAAAGUUGCCUCACAUAUGAGAGUUUCGUACGUCAAGAUCCCCGUGCUUUCCUCGAGCUUGGAUAAUACUCCACGAAACCGGCAGGAAGAAGUCGAUGCUGCGCUAAAGCUCUAUUUCAGUGGCGGCAAAUGCAUGGCAACGGGGGACUUGUUCUCGGUGAAGUUGCCAUCGUCGACGAUCACGGAUUUUUAUCAGCGUUUUCACUACGGCAUGGAAAGUGAAGAUACGGUUCUCUUCAAGGUGCUUUCAUUGGAGCCAUCCACGGAACCUUUUUUGCGCAUAGACCAGAACCAUACGGCCUUGGUUUUGAGUGGCUCCGUUCCUUCUUCCCUACCACCUCUCGUUCUCAAACAAAAAUCAUCGUGGUGCUCGUCACUUCACGCGCCUGCUGUACGUGAGCUCCUUUCACUCGCCGCGCCUUGUUUCCACCCGAACUUGUCUCCACUCAGGAUAUCGACGCUCAUACUUGGCCCGGCAGGUGUGGGCAAACGAACUGUAGCAAGGCUUGUUGCCGACGCGUUGGGAAUUCACGUUGUCGAGUAUAAUUGCUACGAGCUUGUUGGUGCGUCGGAGGGAAAGACUGCUCUAGCGUUGGAGCAUGUUUUCAAAGUUGCAAGCAGGUAUUCUCCAGUCAUUUUACUGUUGAGGCGCUUUGGUGCUUUGGGGGAGAAGAGUGGCGGAAGUCCUAAUCAGUCACAGGGCCCAUCUCGUGUGGCUGCUUUGCUAAAAAGCUGCAUUACAAAGUAUGGCUACUCUCGCCAGCCUGUGGAAGACGUCAUAAGCGAGAAUUCGGAAAACGUGGACGCAUACAAUGUCAACGAGGACUCUGAGACGGCCUUGAAGAAUGUAACGAGUUCAGUAUUACUGAUCGCUACCGCGGAAGACGAAGCGUCAGUGAAAUCCCUCCGGCACUGCUUCACACAUGAGAUAUCGAUAGAUACUCCUGAUGAGGCUCAACGGUUGGAGCUUCUUCAGCACUUCCUUGGUUGUACAGAGCUAACGGACGAGCUACUGCUUGGAGCAAAGUCUAUCUCCUCGCAGACGGCGGGGCUUGUUCCGAGAGACCUUAAAGCUGUUGCUGCCGACAUUUCUGCCUUUACAGUUGGCCCGUGUGAUGAUGAAAACAGCAAGAUCUUGUCAAGCUCUCGAGACCAUUGCAAGCGUUUCAGUCCUGAGUGUUUUGAGAAAGCUCUCGAACAGGUCAAAAAACGAACUGCCUCGGCCAUUGGCACUCCAAAGGUGCCAAAUGUGAAAUGGGAGGACAUCGGCGGCCUUGAAAACGUAAAACGUGCUAUCCUAGACACUGUUCAAGUACCACUUGUUCAUCGCGAGCUGUUUACGUCUGGAUUGAGACAACGCUCAGGUGUUAUGUUAUAUGGGCCUCCUGGCACUGGAAAAACUUUAUUGGCAAAGGCGGUAGCUACUGAAUGCUCACUCAAUUUCUUAAGCGUAAAAGGACCGGAAGUUAUCAACAUGUUUAUUGGAGAGUCAGAAAAGAACGUCAGGGAGCUGUUUCAAAAGGCGCGAGGAGCUCGGCCUUGUGUCAUAUUUUUUGACGAAUUGGAUGCGCUUGCUCCAGCUCGUGGAGCAUCUGGCGAUUCGGGCGGUGUCAUGGAUCGCGUUGUUUCACAGCUACUAGCAGAAAUCGACGGACUCGGAGAGAAUACACAGGAUCUCUUUGUGAUUGGAGCGACUAAUCGUCCAGACCUGAUUGACUCUGCUCUUCUUCGACCCGGUCGCUUUGAUAAGCUGCUUUAUGUUGGUAUCAGUCCAGAUCCAACGUACAGAGAAAAAGUUCUUUCGGCAUUGUCACGAAAGUUUGACUUGGACAAAGAUGUCUCGCUGGGACUCCUAGCUAGAAAGUGCCCAGAUAAUUUCACUGGUGCUGAUAUGUAUGCAUUAUGCGCUGAUGCCUGGAUGCAAGCUGUGAAACGCAAGGCUUUAAGUUUUAUAGAAGAAGACGAUUCUACUGUGGUCGUGAAGCAAGAGGACUUUUUCCAAGCCCUCGCAGAACUGAAACCUUCGCUUUCGUUGCAAGAGCUUGCGAAAUAUGAACGCUUGCGCGUUCAGUUGCAAGGCACUUGACAUCGGAGAGACGUCACAGCGCACGUCUGAGUGAGAUCAUCGACGCAUCAGACAAUCAAAUCAGCUAACUGGAGGAGAAGGAAGCAGGGAGUUAAACCACUGGGUACGUUCUUUUUCGUUUCAAAUGCAAGUGGAAGAACAAAAAAGAAGACUCUCCUCACUUAUCCUUUCCAGACUCAAAUGUCGCUUUGGAACCCUCCUUGACAUGGUCGGCGGCACCCUUGACAGUGUCCUUGGCACCCUCGACGCUCUCGGAGGCGGAGCUCUUGGCAUCCUCGACUUUCUGGGAGGCGGAGUCCUUGGCAUCCUUGACAGACUCCUCGGCGUUGUGAGUGCUCUCGGGCAUCGCACUCGUCGGCUGCUUUCCAUGCGCCGCUGCUUGCUCCUUGCCCGCGUCAGCGGUCAUAUCCUGCACUAGAAACGAAUCCUCCACAUCGGGGGCCUUGCCUGCGAUCGCUCCUAUCGUCACUGGGAAUUUCUGGUUGUCUUCCUCGCGCUUGGCGAGACUACCGCCUUCUUCCAUCUCUAAAACAGAGAAAACCGUGUGAAGGGACUCGUCUGGGCUCGGCCUUUAUAAAGAGGAUACGUAUGGGCUGUU